AUGGCCAUGGCCCAGGCUGGAGCCGCAGUUGCAGCUGCCACGGGACUCCUCGUCUUCCUCCUAUACUCCUCCAUCCACAGGGUUGAGGAGGGGCACCUGGCUGUGUAUUACAGGGGUGGUGCAUUGUUAACUAGUCCGAGUGGACCAGGCUACCACAUCAUGCUCCCGUUCGUUACCACGUUCAAAUCCGUGCAGACCACAUUGCAGACUGAUGAAGUGAAAAAUGUGCCUUGUGGGACAAGUGGCGGUGUUAUGAUCUACAUUGACCGAAUAGAAGUUGUGAAUAAAUUGGCACCGUAUGCAGUGUAUGAUAUUGUGAGAAACUACACUGCAGACUACGAUAAGACCUUGAUCUUCAAUAAAAUUCACCAUGAGCUGAAUCAGUUCUGCAGUGCCCAUACUCUCCAGGAAGUAUACAUUGAGCUGUUUGAUCAGAUAGAUGAGAAUCUGAAGUUGGCCCUGCAGAAAGAUCUCAAUGUCAUGGCACCAGGUCUCACUAUCCAGGCUGUGCGUGUUACAAAACCCAAAAUCCCAGAAGCCAUCCGAAGAAAUUUUGAGCUAAUGGAGGCUGAGAAGACCAAGCUGCUGAUCGCAGCUCAGAAGCAGAAAGUAGUAGAGAAGGAGGCAGAGACAGACCGGAAGAAAGCACUCAUUGAGGCAGAGAAAGCUGCUCAGGUGGCCAGGAUUCACUAUCAACAGAAGAUUAUGGAGAAGGAAACAGAGAAGCGAAUUUCUGAGAUUGAAGAUGCUGCGUUCCUAGCAAGAGAGAAAGCAAAAGCUGAUGCAGAAUACUACACUGCUCGGAAGCUGGCUGAUUCCAACAAGCUGAAGCUUACCCCUGAGUAUCUGGAACUAAUGAAAUACCAAGCGAUAGCUGCAAACAGCAAGCUGUAUUUUGGUGACCGCAUCCCCAACGUGUUUCUGGAUUCCUGUGCUUUCCAGCAAGCCAAUCUGAGGACUGCCCAAGAACCAGCCUUCCAUCACAGGAGGCCCCAGAGACCUCUGGAGAAAGCCACCUCAGAGCAAAGGAAAGCACUGGCUGACAGAGGUAGAGAGAUACCCGGUAUAGCUCAACAGCUAGCCCAGCUGUGAAUGGGGAUGUUGCCCUGUGCUGGUGGGGCGGAUGCAGCGCAUGCAUGGACAUCUUGUGUAUAGGUGGCAGUUGGGUUGAUUUUCUUCUAGCAACACAUUGCAAGUGCUCUGCCUCUUCUGUUUCUUCCCCUAUUAAAUUGGUGCUUCCAAAUGAGGGAUAAUCCUGUACUAACAUACCUAUACUGGAAUAUUAAAAGACACACCAGGAAAGCC